GCUUUUUCUCACCUAGCAUGUGAAGUGCCAGCAGCAGUGCGCGUGCCAGUGUAUUAUUAUUAUUAUUAGUAGUAGUAGUAGUAGAAGUAGUAUGCCAGAAACAAAGUUAUUAAUAAUUAUUAUUAAAUUAGCACGCUUUAUUCUUCCAGACCGAGUGGAUUCGGGAGAUGUUUUAUGGAUUUAAUCUUCAGUUUUAAUUCUUUACACAUUUUUUUUCUGACUUGGCGACAUGAACUUCAGCAGUGGAUUAUCGGACAAAAAGCUCACAGCUCUCUCUUCCGUGUACGUCUCCUGUCUCACUGUAAGUUUCAUUGGGAGCUUCUCUGUCUUCAUUGUAUCGAUUGUAAAAAGAAAAAACCUCAAUGAACAGGCCAAGCCUCUAAUCCAGCUGGCUCUAGCGGACCUCUCAGCGUCUCUGUGCCUGGGCGUGACGUCCGUGUCGAACUUGGUGUGGUCAGGAUCGGUGAGGAACAGGGAAGUGUUGUGCAGCGCAGGAUUAGCUCUGUCUCUGAUGUUUUAUUACGUCUCGUUCCUCCUCGUCAUCGUUUAUGCCUUCGAGUCUGCACACAGCCUUCAGGGCUGGAGAGAGGAAGACGAGGGAGAGUUCACACGUCAGUGCCCGUUCUCACGCUCUCAGGACAGCAGCAGCAGGAGGAAGAGGAGGAUGAUGAUCGAUCUGCUGUAUGUCCUGGUGUGGCUGCUCCCUCUGAUUGGAUUCAUCGUCUACAUCACUACAGUUUCUUUCCCUAUGAUGUCUCUUUUUCCCUCACAUCAAUCCUUCAAUUAUAAACAAAGUGGUCAGCCCAACACACACUUCUGCAACAGUUGUAUUCUGUUCCUGCAACUGCACAUUGAUGAUGAUGAAGUCUGUUCCACUGUGGAUUUAGUACAUAUUAAAUCUAUCAAGAUUUUCACUUUUACAAGUGUGCUGUUCGGCCUCAUCUGCUGUACUUGGAUGUACUGGAGGCUCCAGGUGAGGAUGAGGCGUUAUGAUGGUGUGAGGAUAGCAGACAGGAUCUGGUCCUCAGCCAGGUACAUGAUCCUCAUCAUCAUCCUCUGCUGGACUCCAGCUCUGCUGCUGAUCGGGUUAUCCUUCGUUUGUUCUGAGACCGAGAGACUGUUUCCUCUCUUCAUCAUACAGGCUGUGUCAGUCUCUCUCCACGGUUUCCUCAACAGCAUCGUCUAUGCCUGGAGACGGCGUAACUUUCGCGAAGCUGUGCUCGGGGAGAGGACGCCUCUGCUGACCUACACACACCAAGCUUUCUUCGACCAGUCGCUGAGAAACAAUGCAGAGGAAACAGGAAGUGGACAAAAUUUAUUUCAGACCUUCAGAGACUAAUUACGUUCAAGAAGAAGAACUGAAGCUACAAUUCAGAUCCUACAGGAGAGAUUAGAUCUAAAUGACCAUGUGGUGAUUUAUUAUAUCUGCAGGAACUUCUCAGUGGGCACACACACACUCACUCCAGGCAGUUUAGAGACUCCAAUCAGCCUAGAAGCAUGUCUUUGGACAGAAACCGGAGUACCCAGAGAAAACCCACCAAGCACGGGGAGAACAUACAAACUCCACACACACACACACACACACACACAAUUUUUUGUGAAUUUCCCUUUGGGAUGAAUAAAGUAUCUAUCUAUCUAUCUAUCUAUCUAUCUACACACACAGUUUCCACCUCAGAGCCGUGAUCCGAGUAUGUGUGUGUGUACGGGUGUGUGUGUGUGUGUGUGUGUACGGGUGUGUGUGAAUAACAGACUGAGUUCGGCUGUAUAAGUGUUAGAAUUAAAAUGUAAAGCGUCAUUGUUAUUUGUUGAUAUUUUCCCUCUGUGUUGUGUAAGCAGUAUAGUAGGAUGUAAACUUUAACAUGUAUGCUGGAUAUAAAUAAAUAAAUGAACAAACAAAACAAAUAAAUAAGGCUUUUUUAUCAUGCAGUAGGAGCUCGCUGUAUUGUUUUUAGAUUUAGAAUGAAUUUAUUGUACAUUUAUUUUAUUUUGUAAUACAGUAAUCUUAUCUUUUUUUCUGUUUCUACAUGUGAACCUUUGUUGAUGUGUGUGUGAUAAAAUCAGCAUGUGUGUGUGUGUGUGUGUGUGUAUAUAUUUAAAUGAAA